GCCGAGAUUUACAGCUUGGGGGCGAGAUCUCGCAAGGUGGUAAACAUGCCGUACCUUCCGUUUGGUCCUCACCGGAUGGGCGUCUCCGCCGGCGGCGGGUUGCAUUGGAUCGGCGGAAGGUGCGGUGAUUUAUUCGGGCCGCGGGUAAUCGUGUCUCUGGAUCUCGGGUCCGACGAGUUUUACGAAUUGCCGCAGCCGGAAUUCGGCGAUCGGCCUUUUAUUCUGACGAUCGGAGCUUUAGGUUCCGGCGGGUUGUGCGUCUGCGCGGCGUAUGAAGAUGCCGAACGACUCGACGUUUGGGCGAUGGAAGAGCCCGGGAAGAAGGGGAAAGGACGGUGUUGGAAUCGGCUGUACUCGAUUCGAGAUUCUGCAGUGGGCCGUCGAUGGGCUUUGGCUUUGGGCUUUUGGGAGGGCCGAAUGCUGUUCUUGUUGGACCGUAGUGGCUUUGCGUGGUAUGAUCCAUCGAAGGAACGGGUCGAUGUCGUUGAGGUUGAUGGGCCGCCAGAAGAUGUUUACUUUGAUGCGGUUUAUUGUUUGGAGAGUUUGGUUAAACCUUUUGUUUGGAAGGUUGAGGGAAAGAAGCAGGCAAAACAACAGAAUGAGAAGAAGACAACAUGGAGGAAAAAAGAGGUGUUCUUGAUGGUAACAUCUGCUACUCUAUAUGUGCGUUGGUUUUGUACCUCCAAUACUCUCAUAUAGAGUAGAGCACGGGAAGAUGGAUAAACCUGUAAUCCUCCUUCUUCUUCUUCCCGUCCUCCGCAGCAUAGCUCCAGCAAUCGCUUCUGCAGACAGCCCAACUCCAAUUCGACCCGCUGAAGCUCUUUCAACAGACGCUGAAUCUUACUCUUCACUUCCACAUGUUCCUUCCUCGCUUGUUCUGAUUCUCCUUGUAUCGCCUGAAAGACCCAGAAAACGAAAUGAUGAGAAAGAUGGAAACAUGGAGAUAAAUAAUUACAGCUUUGAUCUUCUCAGGGCAGGGGACAGACAGAGCAAUCCUCACUUGGAUUUGACUUCGAAUCUCGUUCUUGCCCUUUACUACAGUAUUAAGUUCUUCAAAUGAUCCCCAUGAACAACUAGCAGUAGCAGAACCGUGUUUCCGGCAUUCCUUGGUCUCUCUCGAGAGUCUUCUCUCUGCAGCCAAGCUCUUCCUUCCAUGUUGCAUUCGGAAAUUCAGCAGCUGUUUUUUCUGUUUUUGUGUGGAUCAAAAACAAAUAAUGUUACAAAAAAGGCUCUGCCUUUCUUUGGAACAAUGUUGAGAAAAAAGGAUUAUGGGGAUCAAUUACAUUGAUGUUCAUAGAUUGUGUUGCAACUUACAUUGUAAUGGG